CUCGAGCUUCGUCGUUCAGCAUCCAGUCAUUCCACAAGGCAAAUUCAGAUUAUGAUUUAGUUGGUGGAAAAGCUUGAAAAGCUUUGUUCCGCUUUGAUAAAGUGCACUGACGGGCUUGGAUCAGCCAUGGCUUUCUCCUCACGACUAAAAGCCAGGCCUGAUGAGCCCGAGGAAAGCUUUGACAGUUUGACACGGAGACAAGAGGCAACAUUUGACGCAAGAAGAAAAGCUGCUGAGGAUGAAGCGAGACGAGCAGAAUAUGAAGCUGAAAAGGCUAGGCAAACAAAAUCAGGCAAACCAAAUGGUGCGAGGAGAGCUACGAGAAGCACGGGGAGCGGCAUUGGCAACCCCGAGGCCUUCGCGGGCUAUCCGCAGAGGAGUCAGCCCAGCCAGGGAUUCACAUGGAAGAAGGGAUCGGAAGUUCAGGAACCAAGAAAAGGCCUAUCAUUUGGUGGAACGCUCAAGUCUGCGGCGCCAACAGAAAAGUCGUCUUCGCGGCCGGACCAUGAUGCAUGUGAGCAGGCAAUAAGUGCCAUGAUAAGCCGUACAUACAAUGGGAUGAAAGAAGGCUUGCAGAUGCUUGGUCUUCCAGACUACCCUUUGUCGUUCGCACCAGGGCGAGAACUCAAACUGUGUGGCCACCACAUUCGAGAGGAAAUAAAUGAGAUGAUUCAUCACUGGAUGACUGAUGAGAAGGAGGACUUUUACGCUGCUCUGGCAAAGAUCAAAGCCAUAGUGUCAAAGCCAAUAUUGACACAAGAAGAGCUGGAUUUGGUAGAUGCCAAGGACGAUUGGCAAAAGACCAUUGGUCCAGAUGGCCAGGCACAAUAUACGAGGAGGCAAGAUGGAGUUUCUCUUUCAGUUGCAGAGGCAGCUGAAGACGAUGAUGAUGACGAUGAAGUCAUUGACAUUGCUCCAGAUGGAACCCGAUUGAAUGGGCGAGCUGCUGGUGCCAUGGCAACACACCACCUGCGUGGUUGGAAUGCGUGCCAAUUGCACGUGUGUUGUAGAUUGAAGGUUACGGAAAUUUAGAUUGUCUCCAUGUGUUCACUUCUUUUGACAUCUAAUUACUAUACAGAGACUCUGAGGCCGACCUGGACAGGCUUGGUUUGGAUUUGUCCCUACAUGUCAGCCUUGCUUUGCUUCACCGAGUUGCCUGGCAUUUUUAGGUGGGGCAUGUUAACACCGUGCUUUCUACUUCUCAGGCAAAGCCAGAGUGCGACGAAGAGGAGCUAUUGAUACAAACAGGGACACCAACCCUCUACCCAGGCAAGAACUGUGGCUUGUACCUCAGAUAAAAAUUUGUAAGUGUAGCCAGGACUAUUAUGGCCUCCUCGGAGUGUCUUCAACCUCGUCUUUGCAAGAGGUUGGAAGUUGGGCAUGUGAUGACCGCACAUCCAGAAAAGGGCGGUGACCCAAAAACAUUCCAAAAGCUCAACAAGGCUUACAGUGUGCUCUCAGACCCAAAGAAGCGCCAAGACUAUGAUGACAGCAGAUGAUGAGAACCAGAACUGAGAGCUGUUGAGUUUGACGUCUUUCGAAGCUUUCUGUGGUCUUCAGAAAGGUUACAUUCACUGAAGCAAACAGAAGAGAGUUGUCAUUCUGUUCGCACAAGUUUGGAAAUGCACAGGCAUACACAGGC